GUUUGGCUAACAGCCGACACGUCCACGAUGAAACGCGACGCCCCACUUCGCCCUGUUGCUGGAUCAAGGCCAGCUGUUCCCAAGCUCGUCGCUGCACUGUCUAUCCUGCGUGUUAAUGCCCCCUGAUGAAGAAUGUUUUCCUCCUGCUUGAUUUCUCACUCUUGUAUUGCCUUCUAGAAUACUACAGUCCAAGCGAAGCGGGUGGAUCUGCUGCUCUCGUGGCUGCAGCCCGCUCCGGCAUUGACUCCGGCUCUGGUUCUGCCCUCCCUCUCUUUCAAUUCAUCCGCUGAUCACGCUGUCCCGGCUAUUACACGCCUGCGAAUCCUAUCCCCAGUCAGUCCUUGGCGAUCACAGUCGCCCGCCAGGCCUGCCCUUGUUCUCCCUGCGCUCAGGGUCACGAUGAGAUCUCAGCGACAGAUUCUACCCGCAGGCUCGCCAGCAGCCAGCAGCGCCUCACCAGAACAGGGGUCGACCCCGCAAUCCGCUACCGGAAUCUCCUCAAGUGCUCCUAGACGCCGUCUCCAUACAAAGGUUGCUUGCACCUCAUGUCGUCGGAGGAAAUUAAAGUGCGAUGGCCAGCGUCCCAUGUGCUUACUGUGUGCCAGCACGGGCCGUACAAGGUGUGAGUACGAUGCCGGCCCAGACGUUACUCGCUUUGCCGCUCUCAAAACCAAGCAUGAGGAACUGCAGCGCCGUGUCACCUUCUUCGAAGACCUCUUCCGCCUGCUGUCGAUGCGCUCAGAGGCCGAGUCCGUCGAAAUCAUCGGCCGCAUGCGCAUCGCUAUCAUCGAAACGGAUCUCGAAGACCUCGUUAAGUCCAUCAAGAACGCCGACUUAUUGGUGCAACUGGCCCCCACCCAGUCGGACCAGACACCUCUGGCCUCAGGGGAGCCCAGUGUCGACACGCACCUACCAACCAUGCCCCUGGACGACAUAUUCUCUCUCCUCGAGCUUUUAAAAUCGGCUGUCUCUAAACUCGAUGCCUCGGCCCAGACUGCUUUACUUGAUACGAUUAGACAUGAUAUAGAUUUCUUUACCUCACGCAAAGACGGUCGAUCAGGCUCCGCUCUGCCGAAAUAGUGAAGCCGGAAAGAAUGCUGGACAGAGAGGUACACGCAGAGAUGGACCUAUCACUGGCUAACCAUAGCGAACUCCCCCUCUCUCAGACAGAUUGACGCGCUCUCCUGCAUCCUAUCGCGACCCGUCAACUUCAACACCAUCGCGCCACGGUACCAACGACAAGUUGUUGGAUUUGCCAGCACCAUCUCGGAGGUCUUCACAGUGGUGAAAAGAUCUAAGGGGAAGGCGGGGGUGUUGGGAGGUUUGGGCGCGGACCAAGAGGACCCGGGCGCGGUCGUGGU